AUGCUCGCGUCUGCGGCGACGCUGGCGCUGAUUGGCAGCGCGGCCAGGGCGCGCGGCCUCAAGUGGGACUGGGCGGUGGCGGGCGUGCUGUCCACUUUUGUCUACCUCUAUGUGGUCUGCGUCACCUGCGCGAUCCUGCCAUGGUUGAGUGUGAGCGUGCCUGGCAUGUCCAACCUGGCGGUGCUGACGGUCACAACGGUUCUCGCGCUCUGGUGCUUCGUGGCGUGCAUCUUCUUCGACCCUGGAAGGGUGCCUGCCGGCUGGCAGCCGGACGCUGAGGACGGCCCCAAGCUCCAGGAGGUCAAGAAGAAGGACGGGGGCCUGCGUUUCUGCCAGAAGUGCGGCGUCCACAAGCCGCCGCGGACGCACCACUGCAGCGUCUGCCAGAGAUGCGUGCUGCGGAUGGACCACCACUGCCCCUGGACCGGCAACUGCGUGGGCCACGGCAAUUACCGCGCCUUCUUCCUGCUGCUGCUGUAUGGAGUCGCCGCGCUGUGGCACGCGACGGGCUUGCUGCUGGCGCAUGCAUGGCACGUGCUGAGCGCGGUGUCUGCAGACCGCGUGCUCAGGACGGGCCCCUCCGGCCGCGUCACCGAGGCGGGCAGUGCGGGCCUCUGGGUGCACCUGGUCCUCGAGGGCCUGGCCUUCUGCCUGGCCGCGCCGGCCGCGGUCGCGCUGUCGUCGCUGCUGUCGUUUCACGUGCGCAUGGUGCUCACCAACAAGACCACUAUUGAGUGGCGCGAGGGCGUGACGGCUCAGCUGGUCUCCGCGAUGCCGCUGGCUGGGGCGCCGCGAGGGGCGCAUCCGUACGACAUAGGCGUGUGCAACAACCUGCGGGAGGUGCUGGGCGAGAGCGCCGACGAGUGGUGCUGGCCGCCCGUCCGGCCCACGCCCGGCGGGACGUCGUACCCGACUGUCUUUGACCCUGGCGUGCGGCUGCCGAGUUACAAGCGGUAG